AUUUCGACGCCCCAACUGCCAAGUCUUACGCCAAAUCCAUUCGUGGCGACCGGCGAGCACAUACAGGGACAUACGCUAACCAACAACAAGGUCGCCGGCCUCACGCCCUGAGAAGCACCUGAGCUGUCCAGCAGUAUUUGUCCGCGAUCGAGAGCGUCCAUAUAUACAACUUAUUCGAUUCCCUAGAAUCUUUCUCGAUCGGCGCCAUCGCUCGCCGGCCGGUCCGUCGAUCCAUCUGGGGACCGGCCCGCCAUGUAGGAGGACUGGAGGAGCACCACGACGGCGGGGGCGACUGGUGGUGGUGGAAGAGUUGUUGGGGGGAUCGACGAUGGCGGUGCACGUGGUGCUCCUCGCCGGGCCUGCGGUCGUCGGCGGGUUUCUGCACGCGUUCAAGUUCUCCAUCCUGCUGUGGCCGUUCAACCUCACGCUGCCGCUGCUCCGCCACCUGCCGCGGGUCUGCGCCACGCUCCGGGCGGCCGCGGCGCACUUCGACGCCGAGCUGCGCGCGUUGCUGAGUGGCCGCCGGCAGAGCGCGCCGGUGCCGCAGCUGGACCACCAGUACUCUGCGCUCCGCCCCGUGCAGAGACGGCCGGCGGGACAGCUCGUCGCGCAGGCCAUGCUGGCCCUCGUCGACGUUUCCUACUGAUUCAUGCCUCAUCGUCAAGGUAGUUGGUUCUUGGUUGCAUUCUUGAGUUGUUCAGGUCUCCGCGCUCUGGUCUGGCGGAGCUCCUCUUCGAUAGGCUAGUGGUUAGCCAUUUUCGGUCGAGCUUGCUUGCGCAUAGGCACAUAGCUGUUCCAAAAAAAUAUUGUACCCUUGUAUUCGUCAGCUGCGGCGUUUGGCUCCUACGAUCCUGCAUUGUGAUUUGUGGAUUUUGUAAUCUUUUGUGAAAUAUGGACUGCAAGGAAUUUAGAUCGAA